ACCUCAAGCCCGCUUGAUUUCCGCCAUCCUUGGCGAGUCCAAGUUGAAAACGGAGAUUAAACCAGGACCUUUCCGCGCGAGGGUUUCUUGUUGUUUCGCUUCUUAUUAUUAUCCAGGGAUCUAAGUUAGUCAAACUUCGUGAUUGUCAGGAUUUCUUCGUUGGAACUUGAAGGGUCUUAUAGGCUUUUUGAUCCCUUCAAAAAGCUGUGUUUUUUGAAGGAUUAUUCCACUGGCAGAGUCCAACUCCUUAAUCGGACAAGAUGCUUCCUCUCUCUCUUUUGAAGACGGCGCUGGGGCAUCCUAUGUUAGUGGAGUUGAAGAAUGGGGAAACUUAUAAUGGGCAUCUGGUGAAUUGUGAUACUUGGAUGAACAUUCACCUCAGAGAGGUCAUUUGCACCUCAAAGGAUGGAGACAGGUUUUGGAGGAUGCCUGAGUGUUACAUACGUGGGAACACAAUCAAGUACCUUAGGGUUCCUGAUGAGGUUAUUGACAAGGUUCAAGAUGAAACUAACAAAAGCCGCUCUGACAGGAAACCCCCUGGGGUAGGCCGGGGAAGAGGAAGAGGUAGAGAGGAUGGCAGCAGUACACAUUCUAAAGGAAUCGGAAGAGGUUCUAAUGACAACAAAGUCUCAGGUAGUGGACGCGGCAGGGGAGGGCCUGGUGGUAGAGGCAGUGGCAGAGGUGGAGGGCGUGGACGUGGCGCAUGAAGUGGCCCACAGAGAGAUAAUGCUUAUAUAUUUAUUUGUUCAAGGCUCUCUCUCUGGAGCAUAAUUUGUUCAAUGUGAAGUUUAAAUGUUUUAUGUAUUGUUGUGUUUCAUCUCUUGCUCCCUAUGAUCUGUCUGAAAAAAUAUAGAUAUUGAUAUCUAAAGAUGUAUGGACAGUAGCGGUAAGAAAUUAAUGGUGCUUUCUCUCGUUCUUA